CAUUCCAUCUGCUGUUUCCAGCUGUGCGAAGCUUGUAACUGAUUGGUGUCUAUAUGGAAUGUACAGGAGGGAGUAGAACAGGGAGGCUGUUUCUACCUCAUUUCUUCUUACAGACCAAGGGCUGGAUUCACUCAGUCAGUAUCAAAGUGUUUAAUUGUGCCUCCAGCUGGUUUCUGAGGGUACUGCAUUGAGCUUGUGCUGCAAACCAUGCUUCAGUCCAGGGCUUUGGCGGUGGCUCUGAUUCUGCUCCUCGGCACCAGUCUUUCUGAAGUGGGUGCUAAGGCAAUCUCAAAGAGACACGUCCGUCGUGACUGGCUGAUCGUACCGGAUUCAAUUGCAUUUUACAUGUACGAAUCUGUGAACAAAGUGUCCCCUAAAGCUGGUCAGUUCUUGGCGGAAGCUGUUCAGACUCCAGUAAUCCUUGAGAUCAGGAACUUCCUGAUGAAGGAGACCUCUAAAAUCAGUGUGCUGGCAGAACAGCUGAUGGAAAAAUUAACAGGUCUGUGGAAGAAGAAAGAGGAAGCCCCAGCCCAGCAGUAGAAUUGAGACAAGUCACAAGGCCGCUUGACAUAAGUAAUUAGAAUGUGCAGUGUUCCCUCUCCUUAUGGACUGAGAUCAGCUACUACCAUAGAAUUGUUGUCCCUGAUGAUGUCACUAGAAGGGGUGGGAAUACCAGCUUCAAAGAUCAGAGAACCUGUCUCCCUGGGCAGGGAGUGGGAGAGGGAGGAAAUGCACUAUCAAAGUAGCUGCUGGAUGUGGGAAAGGGAAUAGAAGGAAGACAGAUUCUGUAGUUGAAUCUUGAAAGCCAAUUUCUCCUUCAACAAUUGGGUCACUUGACCUUCCACCUCACCCCAAUAAAGUUUUGGAUGUGUUUAUA